AUGGCCGCUGGCGUGCGAGGGGAGAGCGCUUGUUGGGAUGCCUUCCCUGCCGACCUCCUGGCGGAGGUACUGCGGAAGUUCCCUGAAAGCGACGCUCUGAGCCUUGGCAGCGUCUGCCAAACCUGCAGAUCUUCUAAAAAACUCAGGGAAGCACUCCUGGAGCUCAGGAGGGGCACCACCCUGCGCAAGCUGGACUUGAGCGGGUGUGAUUUGACCAUGCCUGCUGGAACUUUACUGGAUCUGCUGUGGAACCUCACUCAGCUGGAGCAUCUGGCGAUUGCGCAACAGUUGCCCAAAUAUGAUGCAUGCUUCCAGGUGGAUGACGAGCUGUGUGAGGCACUGGGGCGAAUGCGUGGAUUGACCCAUUUGGACCUGCGGCAGCCCUCACCCAUAACUGGACGCGGCCUAGACAGGCUGGCAGGUCUGGAACGCCUCAGAACGCUGCGCUUGGGCCCCUGUGCUGGUCUCCUUGACUCCAGCUUCCAGUCCAUAGCCUGCCACACGCAGCUGACUGAGUUGGAUAUCUGCUUCGGGGAGAAGGGCAGAACAUGCACAAGUCUUCCAGCAGAGGUUCUUGCGCAAUUGGCAACGCUGCCAAAUCUGGUGAGCCUGCAGCUCGCUGGGUUUGACACCAGCCGAACUGAAGACCUGCCCAGCCUCCACUGUCUCUCCACCUUGACCCACCUUGGCCUCAGCCAAGUCACUAAUUCAAGGUCUCCCGGUGGUGUGGCCACAUUUCUCCGCUGCAUGCCAAUCCAGAGCCUUAUCAGGCUGGAGCUGAAUCAGUGCAACAUUGGCAUAGAUGUAUUCCCGCUCAUUUCACAAGCCACCACACUGAGGGCGCUCAGCGUCACGCAGUGCUCACCGGUGUACGGGUUGGACCUCCAUCACAUGUCAGGCCUUUCCAGGCUGGAGAGUCUGACACUGGAUCACAGCCACCCCUUGUCAUCCAACUGGAGCUUCCUGCAGCACCUCACGCGGCUGACUCAGUUCAGCUGCGCUGCCCACAAGGAUGCUCUGCCGAUGUCCAGCGACCACAACAUUGCAGGCCUCCUGGAAAAUGCCAUAGCGCGCAAAGACUUGCAAAGGCUGGACCUCAGAGGCCACUUGUUGGGCAAAGAACUCGGCGAUAUCGCCGCACUGACGGCCCUAACAGAGCUGGACAUCUCAGCGGCGGGCUGUGAUGUGGCAUCGCACCCCUCCAUUGCAUGUGUCUUCAACCUGGGGCUUGCGCAAUUGGCGGGGCUGAGCAGACUGCAGCGGCUGAAUCUCGCCUGCACAGCUGUCGACGAGGAGGGCCUCCGCGGCAUAUGCAGCGGCCUUCGGGAAUUGUUGCACCUGGACCUAUCAGGGAGUGCAGUGGAGGACGCUGAUCUGGCGCACCUAACUAAGCUGCCGCGGCUGCAAAGCCUGCGCAUUAACAACCAGCCGGCGCUGGAUGACAUCAGCGAUGCCGGGCUCGCUGAGGUCAGCCGCGUCAGCGCGCUGCGCUGCCUGGAAGUUAAGGGCAACCAGUGCAUCACGGCUGCAGGGCUGAAGCACCUGUCAGCGCUGACUGGACUGUCUGACCUGGACGUCAGCGACUGCUCCGCCAUCAACCCCAAGCGCGCUCUGAACAGCCUCCAGGGCUGCACCGCGCUGCGCAUGCUCUGCUUGGGCAGCGCUUACAGCGUCUGCCAUGCGGAACCCUGCCGUGACCCUCCAAGGGUGAGCAAAGCGAGCAUCGCCGCCUUCCGGGCGCGCAUGCCCUUCCUGCACACCCUCACCCUCGCGCCCCACCACAUUGUGCCUGACGUUCCAUGCAAGAAGGUGAUGGCAUCAGCAGUGCAGAAUUUGGAGGAUUGGAUGUUGUGGCUGAUGCUGAUAUGGCUGUCCAUCAGCGGCAGCACGCAAGAACUGGUCAAGGCCCUGCGCACCACAAUCUAA